AUGUGGCUCUUAGGAAAUGGUUGCCGAGCUGCUGGCUAUCCUCUUCACAUGAAUUCCACUAGUACUACUAUUCCCUCCACCACCACCAGUCUCUCUACUUCUGAUACUUUGGACAGUUCAAUGCCCUCCAUUAGCUCUAUGCCAAUGAAUUCCCCACCAGACAUCAAACCAGACAUAUCGUCUUUGACACCCACCAGUUCCCAUGGCCAUUAUUUUGGAUUUGGCCACAGUAUCCAGCCCCAGAUGCCCUCUUCAGUUCCAUCAACAAUGCCCUCAUUACCAACCACACUUCAUUCAAACAUGUCCUCAAUGGGCACCAAUCACAUCUCCUCACAGGGCCCUCUGCAUUCGCCCCCCUUACAGUCUCCUCCUUCGUCCAGCCUAGGGUCCCCACCUAUGAUGUCCUUGAGCCCUGGUUCUGCCAGCUCACCCCCUCACUUAUCAAGCUCCUUCCCAAGCAAGCAUAUCUGUGCCAUAUGUGGAGACCGAGCAUCCGGUAAACACUACGGUGUUUAUAGUUGCGAAGGCUGUAAAGGCUUUUUUAAGCGAACUGUGCGUAAAGAUCUUACCUAUGCUUGCCGUGAUGACAGAAGCUGUAUAAUUGACAAACGACAACGGAACAGGUGCCAAUACUGUAGUCCCCCAUUAUCUGUUCUCUUUCAUUCCAGUCUGUGGUUCAAGAUCCUUUACUUUCACUUUACUUGCUCUGUAUAUAUAUUUUUUUUUUUUUUUUUUUUUUUUUAUAUUUUAUUUAUUUUCUCUCUCUCUCUCUCCCCCUCUCUCUCUCUCUCUCUCUCUCACCCCUCUCUCUCUCUCUCUCUCUCUCUCUCUCUCUGCCCCCUCUCUCUCUCUCUCUGCCCUGCCUCUCUCUCUCUCUCUCUCUCUCUCUCUCUCUGCCCCUCUCUCUCUCUCUCUCUGCCCUACUCUCUCUCUCUCUGCCCCUCUCUCUCUCUCUCUGCCCCUCUCUCUCUCUCUCUGCCCCCUCUCUCUCUCUCUCUCUCUCUUCUCUCUCUCUCUCUCUCUCUCUCUCUCUCUCUCUCUCUCUCUGCCCCUCUCUCUCUCUCUCUCUGCCCUCUCUCUCUCUCUCUCUGCCCCUCUCUCUCUCUCUCUCUCUCUCUGCCUCUCUCUCUCUCUCUCUCUGCCCCUACUCUCUCUCUCUCUCUUUGCCCCCAAAAUCUCUUGCUGCCCCUCAAUAUCUCUCUCUCUAUCUCUCUCUUUGCCCUCCUUUUAUAUAUUAUUUAUUUGUCCCUUUAUCUCUCUCUCUCUCUCUCUCUCUCUCAAGAAAUGAAUUAA